AUGAUGCAGAAUCUUGCCACCAAUUCAGCUGACAACAUACACACAGAUCUUUCACCAAUAGGAGGGAGUCCUUACUUCAAUGUGUCUUAUAAAGUACAUAAUCAACCGUCAAAAGUAUUUCAUGGACAACCAUAUAAUAUGACAUAUCCUGACGAACAAAGACUAAUGAAUUAUAUACUAAAAGGAUAUGAAAAAUCUGUUCGACCUGUGCGGAAUGCAUCAACAGCAGUUAAAAUCAAAAUGGGUUUAACAAUGACCCAAAUAUUUGAUAUGGAUGAAAAGAAUCAAGUUUUAGUUACCAACGUUUGGCUUGACCAGGAGUGGAUGGAUGAAUUUUUACGAUGGCCGCCUGCUGAAUUUAAUAAUAUAACGACUCUCCGCAUACCAUGUGAUAAAAUAUGGCUUCCAGAUAUUGUUUUGUACAACAAUGCCGCAGAAUACACUGACGGUUUAAUGUCUGCUAACGCUAUGGUCAAGCCUAAUGGUGAAGUAUUCUGGCCAGUCCCAGCAAAAUUACAAAGUUCAUGUAAGGUUGACGUGACUUACUUCCCUUUUGAUGAACAAAGAUGUAAAUUAAAAUUUGGUUCAUGGACGUACGAUGGCUUCCAAGUUGAUAUCUUGAACAGAACUUCUGAAGUUGAUUUAGAUAAUUACGUUAUUAAUGGCGAAUGGGAAUUGUUAAGUAUAACAAUAAAAAGAAACGUAGUUACUUACCAAUGUUGUCCAGAACCGUUUCCGGACGUUACAUUCUACAUCCAUAUCCGGAGACGAACCUUAUAUUAUAUGUAUAAUGUAGUAUUUCCAUGUAUAAUGAUGUCAGCACUGACGUUACUGGUGUUUUGUCUUCCACCAGAUUCGGGAGAGAAAAUAGCGCUUGGAAUUACAGUUUUAUUAGCCUUUUCUGUUUUUAUGUUAGCAGUAGCUGAAAAUCUGCCGGAAACAUCCGAAUUCGUUCCAUUAAUAAGCGUCUAUUUGACAAUAGUUAUGUCCCUUACUUCUAUUUCCGUGAUUAUGACGGUAUUAGUGUUAAAUCUCCAUCAUAGAGGACCUAACCGACAGGAAAUUCCAUUGUGGAUGAGAAGAAUUGUUCUUGGAAAAUUAAGACAGUUUUUCUGUAUAAAUAAUUCGAGUUCAUCGUUAGUUACAACAAAUGAGACGAAGUUUCUACGAAGUAUGUCCUUGAAAAUGACUCUUGACAACAUCGCGCAAGAGUUACAAAAUGAAAUGCAAAUGGAAAACGGAAUGGCAGAUACAAUUGUCACUGAUAAUCAAGGAACCAGUAUACACUCACCACGUGACGUCAGAUUCAAUUCAUUACAAAACGAAAAUCUUAAACGGAGUCGCACGAAAUCAAAUCGAGGUCAUUCAUAUUCGCGCAUAAAUGACGAAAUCUUACAGUCUCUCCGUAGUGUGAUAGACAAACACGAGCGCGAGGACCAUGACUAUGAAAUAAUACAAGAUUGGAGAAGGGUUGCACAAGUUGUAGACCGGAUUCUGUUCUGGGUAUUUUUCCUUGGAACUUUAAUAUCAACUAUAAUUGUUUUGGUUAUAUGUCCUACUUUUCGAUAA